GCGCGACGACGCCAGGCAGGGCAGGAUGGCAGUGUCGGCAGGAGCCAAGAAGGCGGGGACCGACGCGCUGCGGGCCGCUGGUGCUGACGUUACGGACGACGACGUCGCGAGCCUCGUCCUGAAGGUGAGGGCGACGCUGAACGCGGGGCGGGCCCCCCGUUCGAAGCUGGACGAGGCAAGACGACUGGAGGCAGCGCUGGACCCGGUGGCCAUCCGCCUGGCGCUGGGGAGCCCGGAGGUCCCGGGCUCUGAGAUGGCCGAGGCCCUCUGGGGGUUCACUGAGGCCGCCACGUACGCCACGCAGGCGGAGAGCCGGAUCAGGAGAGUGGCGGCCGAUACCGAUGGCUGGGAGAGGAUCGCGGAUCGGAUCUGGGCCCGUGCAGUCGGCGACGACGGCGGCACGCUGCCCACCGACUGGCUGCUGCACCUGGGCAUAGGGCUCCUCCUGUCCAGCCUGGUGGUGGUGCUUGGGGCCGACUCCGGGCGGCACCGCCUGGCAGGCGCAGCUGUGGGGCUGUGUGGCACCGUCCUGCUAGUACGGCGCGUGCCCGAGCGUGUGGUUGCCUGGUGGGCACGCUGGAGGCGGCGCUCGGCCUUCGCCGCGGCGCUGAGGAGCGGCGGGGACGGCCUGGACCUGACCGCCGCCGAGGACGACUGCGCGGCCUGGGACGCGAAGGGGGCCCCGACGACCAAGGGGGGUGGCGCGGGGGCCACGGAGGUUCCUACUGGCCCGCUGCACCCCCCGGGGCUGGCAGCGCUGCCGCCGUCGCCGUGGGCCCCACCUGCCGAAGGCGUGGGCGGGGGCGCCCCGCCAGCAAAGCCCGGCGCGCAGGACCUGGCGGCGCUGCGGGCGUUCGGCCAGGGGUCCGAGGUGCCAGGCCCCUUCAGCCAGACGGCGGCCCUGCAGCAGCAGCAGCAGCAGCAGCCACAGCCGAGCCCAGAGGUAGGCGUGCCAACGUCGGGGCUCAGCUUCCACGCGCCCCAUGCUCCUGCAGACGCGGUGAAGCUAGGGCGCGAGGUCCAGAUGGUGGGCGCCACGCUGCGCGAGUUCCAGGCGCAGGCGGCCACGAACGUGUACUGGGCCUGGCACUUCUGGGAGAGAAUCGCGGCGGUGGAUGGCUCCAUGGGGCUGCAUCCUGACCUCCGUCGCGUGCUGCAGACCCACGGCUACGUGGGCGCAGGAACGAAGUCCCCGCCAGGUGGUUCGCUGCAGCAGGAGCUGGACGCGCUGCUCUCCUCCGCCACAGCGCCGCACGGCGGGGGCAUGCACGCCUCCCCUGGGUGGGCCGUGGCCCCGGUGACCCAGCAGCAGCAGGAGGACAGCCGAUGGAACCUCAGCCUCCCGCCGGACCUGCGGCGCGCGGCGCCGGAGAUCUACCGCACCAUGCGGGGCGCUGGGGCGGCUAGCGCUCGCGACUGGCUGUCGCAGGAAGUGACGGGCCAGCGACACACGGCAGUCUGGACCGACCUGUGGACUGCCGCCACCAACGUGGACUACUUGCUGGGCGGGUGCAGGACCCAGUCCGAGCUGCUCACCCGCCUGGCGUCCGACGAUGCGCUGGAGCUGCACCUGAGGCGGUUGGCGAGCUACGUCUACGAGAUGCGGACGAAGGACAAGGUGGGUGCGGCGGCCAUGCUGGCCGUGCGCCCGCCCGGGUCGGCCGCCGACUUGGCUCCCACAUGGCUGGUGACCGAGGCCACGACCCACAGCAAGGCUGAGCGCCAGCGUGACGAGAGGGUCCACGCCGCCAGCAAGCACGACAACCGAGGUGCCCCGCGGCCGCGGGUGCAGCCUAGAAUGCCAGUGAUGGGUUUGCCUGGCUCGCUGACGCGGGCCCUGCAGUGGAAGGAGGCCGAGGCCAGGUUGAGGACGCGCUGGGCUCGGCGCAUGCGUGUGUGGCGUCGGGCCUGUGGGCUCAUCGAGCUCAUGAACGGGAUGGACCGCGGAUCCCUGGGGGCGAGACCAGCGGGCCAGCGUGAGCCGAGCAACGACGACAUGAUGCUGGCCUGGCAGCUCGUGCAGCAGUAUGCGUUACAGGACGCAGCGCGGUACGAGCGCGACUGCCGGGGGCUUGCCCCGACAGGCGGUCAAGGGACGGAUCUUGCCUGCGACCGAGGACCGCAGGAUGCCUACACAGGAGAGCGCAAGGGUGUGAGCAGGCAUGUGAUGAUGUGCGCCGCGGCAGUUGCAGAACCCCCCGACGACGUGGUCGUGGACCUGCUGGAGGCGCUGCCUGACGGCGAGCGCCAGUACUACUCGGACGAGCUGAACGUUCUGGACUACAGCGGCAAGGCGCUGCUGGGCGUGGGCGCUCGCUUGGGGGCGCUCGCGGGCGCCGCGGAGCCCGCCGAAGGCGGGGCCAGCGGGGCGCCGCGCGCCUCGCCGCCCGAGGACGGGGGGCUGGAGGCGGACGACCUGGGGGAUGCCGGACCUGAGGACGCUCAGCAGCAUCGCUACGACGACGACUGGCUCGGGCAGCAGUCCAGCUGCCGUGCCGCGCCGCCUAGCCCGUCGGGCUACAGCGUGGCGGAGUGGCUAGAGGCGGUGAGGCGGGCGAAGCGGACGGCCGAGGGCAAGUUGGCCGACGGCACCUUCCGCACGAGCCCGCUGGCCCAGUACCCCGAGGGGAUGUGCGAAGCGCUGGGCGCUUUGAUUGUCCAGACCCUGGCCAUCUUCGAGCAGACCGGUCUGGGCGGCGCCGGGUGGCGAAGGCCGCCGGAGGCCGACAGGUCGGUCACUGCCUGGAGCUCGCGGAGCACUACGGCACCAGCGGUGGCCGUGCGGAACGAGGACGUGCUUCGCGGCCGUGGGCUGGUGCUGGACGGGCCGCAGAUGGCCUUCUACCUGCGCGUCGACGACGGGGUGGUGAUGGCCGGUGGCAGCGGCUGUGGCCCACGGGCCACAGAGAAGAUGCACCAUCUCGCGGAUGCCCUGGCCGAGGCCGGCUUCGUGGUCACCGACCGCACGGAGGCUAGCGACAUGCAGAAGGUGCUGGGCUACGCGCCACAGGCGCGCCCAGCGCAGCUGCGCUUGCCCCCGAAGAGGGCGCGGGAGCUGGUGCGGCAGCUGGAGGAGAUGGGCGCCACCCGCACCCUCCACACCGAGGAGCUGCGCUCGCUCUUGGGGGUGUGGAUCUGGGGCGCCCUGCUUCGGAGGGAGCUGCUAUGCAUACCCAGCGCCGUCUUCAGGCUCCUGGAGAGGCACCCGCACCAGCGGGUGUGUACCUGGGCGACCGUCCGCAGGGAGCUGCGAGCUAUGGCGCAGGUAGUCCCGUUGAUGUACGCCGACCUGGGAGCCCCGCCAGCCCCCGUGUAUUUCGCGGCGGACGCCAUGGGCGCCAACGUGGAGGACGACGGCGGCUGGGGCAUACUGGUGACCGACAUGAGCGAGGACAUCGCGAAGGACUUCAUCGACACGGGCGGCAGCUUGGGCUACACCGUGGCGCGGCUGGACGGCGAGCUCACUGGACUGCGACGGCCCGAGCAGGUCAUCCGACGGACGAAGCCCUUCAGCCUCCUGCCGGAUCGCGUGUUCAAGCCCGACGAGGACUGGACGAUCGUGGGCGCGGGGAGGUGGCGGACGGCCGACCACAUCACGCUGGGCGAGGGGCGCUGCGUCGUGAAGAUCAGUAGACUGGCGGCCGCCACUCCGGCCCUCCACCGCACCGUGCUGCCGAUCCUGGAGGACAACCAGCCAGUCUCAGGCGCGGUAUGCAAGGGCAGGAAGCUGGACAGCACUUCUGUUGAGAAGGUUAAGCCGCACACCCUGGCGGCUUACAGGGCAGCGGCUAUGAAGUUCGUGACCUACCUGGACGAGCACGGCUUCGUCCCCGACGGGCCCGAGCAGUGGGACGACCUGCUUGUCGAGUACAAGAACGACAUGCAGAUGACCAAGUGCAAUUUCGAGUACGCCGUCGCGGCGGUGGACAUCAAGGAGGCAGGACGGUGGCUCACGGAGUCCAGCCUCCGCAUCUACGUGGACGUUGUCACCGCCUCCAGGGUCCUGGCUCAGGCUGAGCAGCGAGGAAUCGCACCGCUCAUCCGCGAGGCGGCCGAGAAGCUGCCCAACUACUUCCCGGAGGGCAUCUUCGGCGAGGGUCAGGGCAUCCAGCAUGCCGCCAGCGGGCUGGCGCAAGGGCCAGGACGGCUCCUGGGUGCUGCCUGCGGAGGGAGUCCCUCCAGCGCCGCUGGCGGGGGGCCGCCGGGUGGCCUCGCCAGCGCCCCGAGCGGCGCCAGCCCAGCCGCCUGCGCCAGCACUAGGUGGUGCGGACGAUCAACCUCGCGAGGAGUGACGUGGGCGGCGGUCGCCGCGAUGCUGAUCGGGUGGCGCUACAUGGCUGGGCCGCUGACCCACGUCGGGACCAUGAUGGGCGUCGUGGCCAGCGUAUCUGUCUCGGCAGGCAAAGUGGUCGACAGCAGCCUUGGGGCAGUCAUCACGGCGGCACAAGGCGUGUCAGACUUCGCCGUGACGUCGUCCCGCAGCUCGGCGAGCCUCCUGCAGGAGGCCUGGCGCGGAGUGGACAUCACCAACCUUCACGUCCGCCAGCGCCAUGCCGAGCGGCUCGCGGACGACCCCGAGAUCUUGCAGGACUGGAUCCAGCGCGAGUUCCUGACAGGCGAGCCCCGACCGCCUGGAGCCGAGCAGGUCGCCACCGCGAUCGCUGAGGCUUCGGUUACCAUACCUCACAUGUCGGAGAGAUGGCAGUUAAUGAUCUGGCCCAGUCAAUACCGCGAGCUGCACAUGACACUCGACCUGCUGCCGUCAGGUUUCUACGGAGUCCAUAUGGUCGAGCGAAUCGUGAAUUUCUCGGUCCAGUGGAGCAACCCAGUGUGGAGUAGCCUCGACUGUGACAUCAGCUCUGAGAGAGAUACAGUCGUGGCUCACAUCAACUCCACUUUGGCAGGGCUCCCGCUCCCCGAGAUCCGCUACAUGUCCAUGACUGAUCGUGAAAUCCAA